AUGGACUGGGAGCCCAAUGGCCAUCCCGUCCAUACAUUUCCUAGCUCUUCAACCUUCCAGUUCCAUGCGUCACGGCCGAACGGCUCGGGGCCUACAGGGCCUUCCUCCAACGGUGCAAAGCUCUUCCUCGCACUCGACACUAAUGUCCUCAUCGAUCAACUGCAAGUUGUGAGCGACCUGCACGCCCGCCUGGUCUCCAGAGUCUCAGAUACAUGGAUCCUCGUCGGCCAACAAGCUAUCAACGAGCUCGACGGCCUCUCCAAGUCCUCCAAGCCCGACCUGGCAAUCUCGGCUCGCGCCGCCACGUCUUGGCUGCACACAACAGCGCGGGCUCCCCAAAUAGGGCGCACCUCGCGCCUGCGCCUGGAAAGCCGCGCCGAACGUUCCGCCGCAGCUAUAGCGGAACGAGAGGGGGUGGGCAUCUCUGCGCGAGAGGACGACGCAGUCCUCUCCUGCUGCCUCUGGUUCCAACGGAUUGCGAGUGUUCGGCUAUGGACACACGAUCGUAACCUCGCAGUUCUGGCUGAGGGGAGCGGGGUGCAUACCCUCGUGGGAAGGGCAGGGUUGCUCCGUCUCCUCAGAGAGGCAGGGGUGGAGAGGGACGCGAAUGAGGGGAUGGAGCUGGAUGAGGAGAUUAUGGACGCAGAAGAGGACCCAUUCCCGACACCAUUCCCGACGGAAAGAACGGCGCUGAACGCCGACCGCGUUGCUGAACUCGUGCCCCAUCUGGUACAGCCCCAACCGCUCCAACAACACGCUUAUACACCCUGGGUGCCACGCUCCACUACGCCGUCUACAUCCACCUCCGCCGACGCGCUCGAGAAAGCAUGGGUGAGCGCCCCGAGUCGUCGUCGCUCGUCCAGCGCAAACGCGUCAUCUCCAACUCGCCCCACUGCUCCCCUUGUAUCACGACACAACGCUGUCCUCCCGCCACCGGGCGCGCUCGCCGAGGCCCUCCGCGGGCGACGACCGGUCGACGCACCUACAUCAACCUACCAUUCCUCGUUCAAUUAUCCCCAGCCCACAGCACCUCCGCCUCCUCGUCCAUCGUCUGAACCCAAUCCGACUAACCGUAUCUCAUCAGACCUCGAUGCACUGCUUGUGAACACGCUCGCUCCGGCCUCGACAUUACUCGAAGUGGUGGACGCGCCGAAUGACGCGCUGGGCCACGCGCGCGCCAUUGCGACACGACUCAACGCCCUCGACACACAAGGCCAACCCGUCGAUCGACGACGGGGACUCUUCCAUGCGCUUGCCAACGCGCAGACCCUCGCUUCCUUCCUGGCCGGCGAGCGUGUGCGCCCCGGCGAAGCAGCUGAUGGGCUUCUCGUCCUCGCUGAAGAGCUGGAGAGAUUCAUACCGCUGGACAGAAAUGCCUGGUCGGCGGUCGCCGAGCGGUUGCGACUACACCCAUAG